AUGCCUCGGGCAGGUGAGAUGGGAUGGGCAGCUGCUGAGGAAGGGUUCUGUAAGGUGUCUCCUGGCGACGGGUGCGUCACUGAUUCGGCGAAACCGCUAUACUGGAAGGUCACCAACCCCACGCUGGCCCCUGCGCAUCUCGAAGGUGGUCUUCCGUCUGGGCUAUCGUUCCUUGCUUUAGAUUCUCGCAUAAAGUAUCCUUAGCGAUCGCUUUUAUUUUCCUUGUUAUUGGUGCUGAAAGUUGAACUAAGGUUUGAGACAUUAACGAUCUGGAGUUGUCCUCGUCAAUCAAGCACAGUAAAAUAGCUAUUAUAUCGUAUCUUGGCAGAUCUCCCGGGCUUCACACGCAGUGUUUACCGAAGGGAAUAUGCUGUCAUCACUCCAGAGAGUCAUGUGUUCAGCCCUCUGCCUGACUGGUACUAUCGCAUUGCACUUGAAUCGUCACAUUUUUAGCUGAAGAUCUCGGAAUGUAGUCCCUUCUUUUAAUCAUCCCGACUUCCCUUGCAGGAUCAAUACUUUGGGGGCUUACUUAAUCACUCCAGCAAUCGGGUCGCACUUCUCAAUGUACUUGGCGAAGAUGCAAUGUAUGACUCCACAUUAAUAAGUCAUAAUUUCUCCGUACUUAGCGAUGAAAAUUCUUGAAUAACGUUAAAAAAAAAUGUUCUCAGGUAAAUGAGACAUAACUGGCAUGUCAUCAAGAAUAGCAUACCUCUACUGUUGGUCGCCUAUAUUUCUAUCUUAUUCAUGUGGGGGGGGGGAGCGGCGGUGCUGUCAGUGGAAUAAAGCUCAUCAACGUCAUGGAGGUUUCUGUUGAUGAAAUGAAUUAUCUCUUUGACAAAAAAUUUAGGGCAUACUACUUGUAGGUCAGCUUUUUCUAAUUUCUGAAGCUAGUGGGUAAUUGAUGCUGAAUAAGAAAAAAAGUCAUGGUUGAUAGUUUUGUGCAUUUCAUGCACCAUGAUAAAGUAUCCCUUUUUCUCCAAAUUUGUGCAAGAACUGCGUAUUGUCCGCCAAACUUGGAAUUAUUAACGUGAACUAGUGAUAAAUGUGAAACAGAUAAGUUCUGGGGUUGAAAGUUGGAAAGAAAACAUUCUGCAAUGUUUCCAAUUAAGGGCAUUUUCUUUCCUGCAUUUUCUGGUUUAGGGAAUGCACAUGAGGAGUAUGCAAACUAUUCUUUUGGUGAAUUGAUAGCUAAGCAGAAGUGGCGUGUCAUGCUGUGGGACAUCUAUAUCCGUAUUUAUGGUUCAUGAUGGGAAUACUCACUGGAACUCUCAGAGUCAUUUUCUAAGUACUAAGACAGUUUUAACAAUAUAAUUUUUAUUUAUUUAGGGGUUCCUGGAUCAUCCUACCACAGAUCAUGAGCAGAAUGGGAUUUGAUUCAAUACAGCAGGAAAUCUUCUAAAGAGGAUGGGUAGAAUAUCAGUUUAUAGUUAUUCAUUUGACAUCAUGUUAUAAGCUGACCCGGCUACUCGUAAAUAUUAGUUUUGGCUCUAGAUUUGUUAUUUUAUUUUCAGAGGCUAGUUCUGUAAAAUGCAUUAAGGAUUUCUCGGUGGCUGGCAGGUAUACCGAUUCAAUAGUACACUUUUCAAUGGUGUCUUUUAUUUAAAGGAAUCAUCUCUUAAUUUUUUUCCUGAGGCUAACUGGAUGAGUAAAAUUUGAAUUUCUAUAAUAAAAUAAAAUAUACAGUCGUGGCGCAUUUUAACUCUGGACCAUAAGUUUCACACUAUGGGCUAUACUUUCCUUUGGAAAAGGAAACAAUUAUGGCCGAAGAUGUGUCUUUUCUAUUUCUCAGAAAUUCAGACUUGGUUUAUGCCUGAAUUUAUUACUGCUUCCUUUUUUUAUUGAACCAAUUUGCUCUCAAUAUUCCACGCUCAAAAGAUCUAGUUCUGAUUAGUACUCAUCUUCUAUGCAGCAAGUUCUAAGUCUGCUCUACCUCCACAAGAUGUCGAAAGGUGAAUGCAUGACAGAGCCCCCUACCCAGCCCCAAAAUGAAAGAGGGAAAGCAAAAGAAAAAAGAGAAAAGAAAAGAGAGGAAACUUCCCAACAUCUGAGAGAAGUAUAGUUCAAUCAUUUUCUGAGCUCUUUCAUAGGCAAAUGGGUCAAGUUGUGUGGUCAUGUUGUGCUUCACCAGCCAUGGAUGUAUCCUAAGACAACUUAGGCUUCCUCAUCCUGCUCAUUGUAAUGUGCAUGACCUACGAAUCCACCUCCAACUCAGUUCACUGCGCAUGUCGCUGCUAUGUUCUUUUGAUUCAGUCCGCGAAAUUUCUCUGCUCAAUUGUCCAAGACCUUUUUUUGGAAAUAUUUUCGUAACUCCAUGAUUUUGGCAGAUUUUUAAUUGCUCCACCGACCUUUUUUUCAUCUGACACUGUUUGUCGAAUCAUCCUUCUAGGUUCUUCUUUGUUGUUGCGGGUGCUGCUACAUUAUCAUGUGGAUCUGGAACUAGCUAUUUGAUGAGUGUAAGAUGUACUAAUCCCAUUACGAUUAUGGAAAUUAUUACAUAUGUAGAAAAUGUUUAGACCAAAAGAACAUGUAAACAGUUCUGGCAUGUCAAUCCGUGAUUUCUCCUCAGUUUCGUCAUUGGGGAUGACGCCUUUAAAAAAUUUUGGUGAUCAAGAAGACAUCAAUUUUAGUUUUCUGAAAAUGGAUCAUUUCGGGCUCAGAAGGUAGCACUCAUAAAUUUACUGGAUUGUGACCGCAUUCAGUUACCUUCGCCUACCAAGUCGGUAUGUUUUUUGGCAGACGUAUUUCUGGUGGAGCUUGAAUUGAUAUGUAAUUAAUUUGGAGCGUGCUUGAUUAUUAUAAAGAUAGAUAUCCCAUUUACAUACUUACUAUCAUGUGAAUAUGUUUUGCAUGUUUUGAUUGACUAGCAACUUAACUGAAAUAAUUGGACUCAAUGGAUUUUCUCUUCAUGAUUUCAUAAUGUACUUCUUAGGACUGCUACCUUUUUUAUUUUUCUAGUUCUCUACUUUUCGUGGGCAACGUUUUAGAAUCUCUGCCAUUACAACACUCCGAAGCUCUUUCACUUCUUAAUAUGCCUGGAAGUAUAUAUUUUCGUGCAUUAUGCCGUUCAUAGUCUAUUCUGGAGAGAGUUAAAUCCAUGUUGGCUUUUCAUCAUAGUCUUGUAGCAUCUUUACACCUCGGCUUCUUCUAUCUUGAGAGAUUCCCUUUCAAGUUUCUCACAGUUCGGAAUAAGUGAGUAGUGCCAUCUUACUAUGCAUAUGAUGUAAUGAUUGUGUUUUUAGAAGAUGAAAAUAUGGAAUAAUCCUAAGAAGAUACAAUAAAUAAUGUUAUGUAGAAUUAUGUUCACUUUAUUUGGCCAAAAUUUAUCGGAACUUAUUUUUUGACUGACAAUCCCUCAUGCAGCAAACUUUUGCACUGUCCAUCUUUCCCAUGUGUUUAUCUUAACUUGGUCUCUAAACCUUGCUCAUAGGGCAUGGCGGCUGCUGGGUCACAUCUCUAUGUCUAGACGGUUAUUCCUGUUACUAUGGAAACCCUACUGAACAAUUUAUUAGAGAUACGUUUCCAUUCGUCAUCUCUUAUUGAAUGACUUUGACUUUGAAUUGUCAUGCUUUUGAUACUGAAUACUGCUGGUUUAGGUCACCAAUCUCUUGGAUAUUUUUCUUCAAGAUGGUCCUAAUUUGUACAUGGUUGGAUGUAGGUCGACUCUUAUGCAUACUUACCUGCUAAUUCCAGUCAUUCUCUGAAAGCUGAUGAAGCUGCGACACUGGUGGUAUUUGAACGAAGGUGACCGUUUUCUUCAUCUGUUAAAAAUCACAUUAGUAUCCUCAUGUUUCGGUUUCUCAUCUUCGCUCUCUCCUUGUGACCCUUAGAUAUGCAUGCCCUAUGAGCUUUUUCCUCUUAAAAUCACUGUUAUGCCUUCUGGUUGGGGGGGGUAUGAAGAGCAUGAUUUGGAUUAUUUCAAAAACAGGGAUGAAGCAGAGAGUGUGGCCACCUGCACUUCCUCGUCAAUACAAUAGUUGAGAUUGUCUCAGAUGUCCUUUAGCAACCACCAUAAAUCUUCUUCAUAUUGGGCAAUGGUGAAGAAACUGAAGGCUUACCUUGUAUGGGCCAAAGUGGGCAUGACCACCUUCGCUACUUUACCUGGUGAAAGCAGUUGAUAUCCCCUAGAACCUGCCGGUGGCCUUGUAAUUUUGGUAAUUUCCAGCCAUUGUUUUCUUUCUCGAUCCAACCUUCGGAUCAGGUGUUCAUGAUUUCGAUCACUGAUACACGUCAUGGUCGCACUUUUAUUUAACUGAAGAGCUUUGUGCAUGAAUUAAAUCAGACGGAUCUAAGUUAGUCUGACUCUUGAUCACUCAAGUCUAGACACUGUGUGACGUGAGUCGGCCAAUUGAUCACUGAGAAAAUAUCAUCGCCAUUGCAAUGGGAUUCUGUGAAAGUACAACCUUUGUUACCUGUACCGGCAUUAGGAUGACUGAAAGCUAGCUAAAAUUUUCUACCAUGGAUUUUUUUUUACGCACAUUAUCCUUCAUAGUUUGAUUACCCGAAUUUAUUUUCUUAUUGACAUUUUUAUGUUUGAAUAAUUUUCUAUUUUUUGCCUUUUAUAUUUCAUUACUCUGCUUUAUUAUUUCCAUUUAUCAUGAGGAGAUUGAAAAUUUUCCUUGAACAGGUUCUCCAGCCUGGAAAAUCAUUUUCCAGAAUUGAUCGUUGGGUCAACUAACCAGCAACCUCUUCUUGAAACUCCAGGAGAGGUGCUAAUCAAAUUCAACUCACGUUCUGUGAAUCUUAUCCUGUUUUAUCAUUCGAAGCAAGCGUUUGCUGAAGUUCAUCUAUCUAUCCUGUCUUGGUCCAAUUCUUCUCUUCCCUCUCUUCAGCUGACUGACGCCUCCAAUUCUGCUUUUUCUUAUCAUUUCAGGUUUUUGAACUAAGAAAAUUGCUGCCAGCUUCGAUUCCCUACGACUUCAAUAUCCAUGUGAGCAACCACUAAUUUCAUUACAGAUUUAGAUAAGUUUCCUUUUUUGUCUUAUUAACACGUUUUGUCAUCCAUCCUCAAAUGAUGUCCCCAUAUGAAAUCCCAGUGGAUUAUAAAUAUGAAAACUUGGCAUCACACCUCCUUGACUUUUUCUUACUUUUUAUUACUUGGGAAGGACACAAAAUUAAUUUUCUUUAGGAAACUAGAAACUUUCAGAUGUCAUACAUCAAUUUCCAUUUUUUUGCUAUUAUAAGACUAUGGUUCUUUGUCUUUUCUGGGUUUUAAAAGGGUUAUGAGACUCUUCUCAUCGUUCAAGUGAAAACUAUAUCUUUCUUUGUCAUCUGAUAGGAAUAAGGAUACAUCAGAUGCCAUUAUUUGCUUCAGAAAUUAUUGCUUCCUAGACUCACCAUACUCGUUGACCUCCAUCUUGCAGAUCAUGGAUUUUCAGCCUGGAGAAUAUCUUAAUGUGAAGGUUUCUUCUAAAACACACAUCUAUUUCCAUACUGAGCUUCCCAAGAUUGGAUGUUGUUUACAAAAUUUUCCCUGUUUUCUUUUUUAAAAUUAAAAAAAAAACUGUCUAGUCGCUGUAUAAUAUUUUUUGGAUUAUAGAAAAAUAUGUUCAUCAGUUACACUCACUGCUCGUUUGAUCUUGGCACAGGAAGUCCACUACAAUCAGCAUGGUUUGCUGCUUUUAGAAGGGCAGGGCAUCUAUCGCUUGGGGGAUGACUGGUGUGCCCUAAAAGCAUCUACUUCCAUAAUCAGUAGUUUAUCGUUGACUCAAUCACUCAAAUACUUCCAUAGUGCCGUUUUUGGUAAUAAAUACCAAAAAAAAUGUAAUGUAAUGCAAAAAAUGGAAAUGAAUCUGCAUGCAUGUUUAUGUUAGUUUUUUGUUCCGCCAUGCCAUCUGAUCAUCAGUGCCCACGGGCAUCUGCUGUUCUCUUCAAACAGGUAUCCGGUGCAGGCGGGGGACGCCAUCUGGAUGGCGCCAUUCGUGCCUCAAUGGUGGGUGGCGGCCUUUCUCGCUGACGUCCCUCCCCCCAGCUUCUGCCAUGGACACGCGGCAUAAUCUGAGGGCUCUCUGUGGUGUCCAGGUACGCGGCGCUCGGCAAGUCAAGGACGAGGUAUCUGCUGUACAAGGAUGUGAACAGGAACCCGCUCUGA